AACUGCGGCGGAUACGGGAUAUACUUCAGUUCCUGUUCCUUUGUGAGGGAACUUCAUGAAGUGCUACCACUUUCCCAAAAUUCUUCAAAUCCCCUGAUUCUCUCAAUUCACUCCUCCGCCAAGAUUGAUCAAGUUUUCGACGGUGCACCUACUCUCGCUCCAGCAAUCGGCAUGCAACGGCUGAAAUGACGCCACAAUCAGAGAGCUUCAAACGCGCCUUGGCCAGAUUCGAAAGGGAUGUUGGGCCAAGACGUGCCCAGGAGUUUUCCAACUGUUCACUGCACGAUGUUCACUUGUUGAUGAAGAAGAUUCAAGCCGAACAAGAGAGAAAGGGGGAAAUGCGCCAUCUCAAGCGUCUUGAAUCCUUCCUUGAGGCCAUGAAGGAGCUCGGCAAAGUCAUUGAGGUCUUUACUAACACGACCGUGUUCCUAUGCUACGUCUGGGGACCCAUCAAGUUCCUGCUUAGUGCCGCCAGCACCCACCUUCAAUCGCUUGACAGACUCCUGGAUAUGUACUGUGAUAUUGAAGAGAAUCUCGCCGGCUUGGUGCACUAUGAGGCAACCUUCGAGCGCAAUACACGCCUCGGACCCGUUCUUGAGGAUUAUUACUUGGACGUGCUUAAUUUCCAUAAGGAGGCGCUUGCUGUAUUUAACCGACCGAAAUGGAAGAUGCUGGUCGAUGCUGCCUGGAAAAGCUUUGAAUCGAAAUUUGCUGUCAUCCUGCAGGCCCUUAAGAGACGUAAGGAGAUCCUGAACAGCGAAAAGCUAUCCGCUUCUCUUGACCAGAUAAUCAAGUUGCGAGCCGAGAUCCGCGAAGUAUACACCAGCCAAAAGCAGGUAGCAGAUAAGCAAGAAGAAGAGACGCACAAGGAGCGGAAGAGAGCAAUCAUGGGGAGGUUGUCCAUCCCAGACUACCAGUCUGACUACCGAUUCUUCAUUGAUUGCAGAGACGACUCAAACGACAAGCUGGGAACUUCUUCAGGAACGUGGAUUUUUGACAAUCCCAUAUUUCAGGCCUGGCACCUCGGUGAUGCUUCUGGAAAGCGAGUUCUCUACAUACACGGAAGGCCAGGUGGAGGGAAAUCAACGCUCAUGGCCACGGUAAUAGAACGGCUUUCGAAGGACAUGAGACCAGGUAUCGCUCUCGCUUUCUUUUACUUUCGCCACCAAAACGCAGACAAAGACAAUUUCAACAGUCUGCUCCGGGCGCUUCUUGGACAACUCUACGAUCGAGAUCCUGUUCUAUCCGCUCACAUUGACAUCGAGACAUCGAAGCAUGAUGGACUUCGUACGAAAGUUUUAAAGGAGCUCGUCAGCACCGCAGUAGGAACCUACCCUACAACUUACCUCGUGCUAGACGGGCUGGAUGAAUGUACAAAUGAGGAGGAAGAGAAAACGAUUGAAUGGCUGCUGGCCCUCUGCAAUCAUUCCCCUGGGCUACGAGUUCUUUUUUCGGGCCAGCGAGACGGCAUACUAGACCAUCGCCUCAAAGCAUCGAACUCAGCGCAUUCGAUCCUACUUGACACAGCAUCUGGCCAUGUUGGAAAUAUCAAAAACUAUUGCGAAAGUCUUGCAAGGGACAUACAGGCCACAUUCGAGCCGGAACCGUCGUUGGAGCAAGUGAUAGUAGAUUUGGUUUCUGAGAACGCUGGUGGCAUGUUUCUCUAUGCAAAGCUAGUUCUCGAGCAUCUUCUAGGUCAAUAUCGUACCGCCGAUCUGAAGCGAGCGUUGCAACCUGGGAUCUUCCCGGCCAGCUUAGAAGAAGUAUAUGAGAAAUUGGAAGAUCGAUUGCACAAAGGCUCUUCGGACGACGAAAGGAAAGCUGCAAUUCAGAUCUUGAGCUAUGUGGUCUGCUGCAAGCGGACCCUCUUCUGGAGGGAAAUACAGUCUUUCUUCUCUAUCGAUCAGCUAAAAGGAGAAGUGGACUACGACAACCGUCCUGUCAAGAGCUACAAGCAGCUCUGCGGCUCUUUCCUGGAUUCUCACACUGUCAAUAAAGACUACACCGGCCCCGAGGACGAGGUCCACCUGGUACAUGAAACAGCCCGCGAAUUCUUAAUACGGAGACAAAUCGUGAACACCACGCGAGUGCACUUGGAACUCUCGAUUUUUUGCUCCCAGUAUCUUUUAUCUCCACCCUUCGCGUCGGGGAUUGCGGAGGAUGAUGUCAUGUCAUACGCUAGAAGGGGCUCAUACGCCUUACAGGACUACGCAGCGCAGUACUGGCUCGACCAUCUCCGGGAAAGCAUCAAGGCUUCUGGCACGCUACAGAGCGCUGGUUGUCAAGAGGCCAUACAAUGGGCUUAUCGCUUUCUCCAAUCAUACGGAGACCAUGCAAAGAUGUCGACUCUCGAUGAUGCCGGUGGGUUUCCAAGCGUGGAUCAGGUGGCCGGCCGCAUUCCGGAGCACGGUGGCGAGCGAAACAGUUACUUCAACAUCGAAGAAAGAACUGAGGCUAUCCGACAGGCUAUCGGAAAGUUGGACGAACAGACACUCACCUCUAGGGAGACGAAGAUUCUUAGUCAGCUUCAAGGGCCGCUGAACGUGCAAAAAUGUUCGAAACCGUGCUGCAUUUUCUUCAAGGGCAAUCUACAGACCGCGGAGGCACGUGAAAAGCACAUCAGUUGCCACGAGCGUCCGUUUCGUUGCCUGCUUGAAAGCUGUCCGAUGUCCGCCGUUGGGUAUAGUUCCUCUGCCGAACUCCAAAAGCACAAUUCGAAGUACCACACACAGAGCAGUAAUCCGAAUCGCUUCCCGAAGCUUGCUAGAGGUAGCUUACCUGACGACGUGGACGAGAAGCCCGAAUUCAUGGAUCUCAUGUUGGCAUCAAGAAGAGGAGAUACGAAUACUAUAGAUGACCUACUCGGGGCCCGAACACAAAAGGACGCGCAGCAAAUGGUCAACGAAAAGGAUAAAUCAACGGGCGAAGCACCUCUUUACAUUGCCGCCGAAAACGGACAUGCUCAGGCGUGUAGAGCUCUCUUGCGUUGGGGAGCGGAUGCAAAUGCGGUUAUUAAGCUGCUUCUCGAUACUGGCAAGGUUGACGCAAAUGCUCAGAACCGGUAUGAAGAGACAGCGCUGCAUUCGGCGGCGAAGAAUGGGCAUGAGGCGGUUGUUAAGCUGCUUCUCGAUACCGGCAAGGUUGACGCAGAUGCUCAGGACCAGGAUGGAUGGACAGCGCUAUAUAUAGCGGCGAAGAAUGGGUAUGAGGCGGUUCUUAAGCUACUCAGCCUUGCAUCCUAAGAGGCAGGCUUGGAAGACAACUCCACCUCGAGUCAGCCUUUCACAAUCUUUCCUCCUGCAAGAAUUGAUCUUGGUUUACUCUCCAAUCUUUAUUGUUUACUCCCUAUUGCUUCCUA